AUGGAGAGGGUUCAAGGUCGGAUUCAUGGCCGACAUCGUCAAGAUGUUCUGGCAGAUCCGACUGACGUGGACUUGCAGAGGAUACUCUGGCGUGCCAGCCCGACGGAGAGUGCUAAAGAGUUCCAGCUCAGGACGGUGACUUACGACACGACCUCGGCACCCUUUCUGGCCAUACGCACGCUGCAGCAACUGGCCAGGGACGAGGCUGUACGCUUUCCGCUGGGAGCGGCGGCCCUGUUACGACAUUCCUAUGUCGACGACAUCUUGGCGGGUGGAAACGAUCUGACUGGGACACAGGCGGUCCAGCACCAGCUGAUGGCGCUGUUGCAGGCUGGAGGUUUUGCGCUCGACAAGUGGGCCUCUAACGCCCGGGAACUUCUCCCGCAAGCGUCGCCGGGGGAAGCGUUGCUGCCGGCUUUCGAUGCAAGUGGCGGGGUUCCAGCAACACGAAGCCAUCACGAAGCGGGCCUGUCCGACGCGGCUUGGUUGUUCGAUCCGCUGGGUUGGGUCGCGCCGGUCCUGAUAUUUGCCAGGAUCUUUAUGCAGGAUCUGUGGCUGGCCGGCCACGGCUGGGACGAUCCGCUGCCCUCUGAGCUGGUAGAGGCUUGGAGCGCCUUCACUGCGUCCCUGCUUGGACUGUCGGCUCUAUGGAUACCGCGCUGGCUGCAGCGUGACUUGGAGGACGACGUAGAGCUCCAUGGCUUCUCCGAUGCGUCGGAGAGAGCCUACGCGGCGGCAGUCUAUGCCCGGGUCACCAAGCAGGACGGCCGGGUAGAGGUGACCUUGCUGACGGCUAGAGCCAAGGUGGCUCCCGUCAAGAGGCAGAGUGUGCCUCGCUUGGAGCUAUGCGGAGCCGUCCUGGCGGCUUGGUUGCUGCACCGUGGCAUGCGAGCUGGAUAUGGAGGACGCGCCGGUCACGGCUUGGACGGAUCGCACCGAGUGGCGGAGGUGCAGAGUCUAGUGCCGAGCGAACGAUGGAGACAUGUCCCCACGGCUUUCAAUCCAGCGGACGUGGCAACCAGGGGAAUUCCGAUCUCGGAGUUCCUUGGACUGAAUCUGUGGUGGAGCGGUCUCGAGUGGAGCGGUCUCGAGUGGCUUCGGGAACCGCCCGCCGCGUGGCCUGUGGUGGGUGACCUUGCCACUCGACACGAAGAGGAGGAAAGAAGGGCGGUGCAUCGGACCGCUCCAGAAAAUAAAGAGGAUCUCCUCGAAGAGAGAUUCUCAACGCUGACGCGGCUUGUGCGCGUGGUGGCGUAUUGUUUCAGAUUCUAUCGAGCCGCCCGAGGUGGGAGAGACCAGGGUGGAUUCUUGACGGGUGCGGAGUUGGAGGCUAGCCUGUCUGCGAUGGUGAGACUGACGCAACGAAGGGAGUUUCCGGGGGACCUAGAGGCGCUUACGGCUGACGGCCCGCUGCCGACCGGCUCGUCACUGCGAGCGUUGAGCCUUCCUGGACAAGGAUGGGUCUUUGCGAGUGGGCGGUAG